GGUCACAGCCAUAUCAAAGAGGUCGCUCUGCAGCACCGGAUGGAAGAAGCUAGGAAGCAUAUAGACGAGCUCAAAAAAGCAGAGAUCACGGUAAUGGGAGCUCCAAAGUCUCUAUGGAAUGACGCGGAACCGGAUGAUGACUUAUUUGAUAGUAUCUUUUACAUUGUACACAAGCCGGUGACGCUCGGUGAUGGGACUAGGAUCAUCAUGACUAGGUAUUGGUGGGACGUGGUUGUUGUAAGUUUGGGGAUAUAGGCAGAUAACCUGAAUGCCAGAUAUUAGCAAAUGCUGAAAUAUUCUUUCAGGUGGCUCGUAUUAGUUUGUUCUCAUCGAAGGCUCGCAGAAUGAAGCUUGCUCAAUCCAAGGUCUCGCUAUAACUUUGUCCAUACCCCUCCCAAGGCGCUAUGGAGAAAGCGAGACGGCUGUUCACUAUGCCUCCCAACUCCGUCUACCUCGUCAUUCAUUCCCAAUUACUCCUUACAAACCCAAAAGAUAAACACUGUUUUCGCGUUGUUACCGAAUUGUCCAACCUCCAUGCUCGCUUCACCAGCCACGACCAUGGCAAUCAUAAAUACACCGAUGUUCGCGUCAUAACUUCCGGGACUAGGCUCGGAGAAGAGUGGAAGGUCGAGCUCGAACACGAUGUUCAACAAGACAUCGAAAUCGUCGGCUGGUGCAAUACGCUAGAAGCCGCUGCAGAGAAGUUGACAAACAGCUUACUGGAUAACAAUAAUGCACAUGAGCAACGUACAGCGGAGGAAAAUGGCGAUAAGCAGAAAGUACGAGUGACAUUGGAAACUUCUCUAGACGGGAACUUAACCGCGUUCUGCCGCAUCAAGUCAACCCAGACGAACUUUGACGGGUCAACAUUGCAAACCACGACGUCCCACUGGUAUGAAAUCAUCCGUGUCAAUCUUGAACACGAAAAUAUGUAUGACGUGUCAUGGCGCGAGAAAGCCCGUUCGUCUCACCUGGAGGCCUCGAAAAGAAUUGGUAUCCUCUCGAUGAAGAUGAGAAGCCAGGGGCUUAGUCAGUCGGAGUUAGAUGAGCUAGACGGGUUGCGCAGGGGCUUGGGAUACUUAGUUGUUGCAAAGGAUGAUUUAGAGGAAGUUGUAAGGUAUGUAAGGGAAACGGAGGAGGAAAGAAAAGGGGUGGAGGAGUAUAUUUAGAUUAAGUUUGUGCCGACUAGCGAUAGCGAUGGCCAGGAUGAGAGACAUAGGGGAAAGCGGUAUGUAGAACUGGAAGUGAAUGAUGACAUGAUCAUAGGGCCGAGUGGCUCGCGGUCGUGCCU